AACCGGAGCUGCUGCUGUCAUCACAGACAUGGAGGAGGGACAGACAGACAGACAAACAAGGAAGGCCUCCACCUCCAGGGUGCAUUAUCUACCAGGGGAGGUUGGAGCAGUUCCUCACCCCAGCAUGUCAGACCACUCUUAUUCAGACCGGCUGCACCAGGACACCGCAUACCUGAGGAAUAAUAGGAAUUUGACUGAAAGGAUCGUGGACAAACUGGUUCUGCAGCUAAAUCGUGUCUAUCCUCAGGUUCUUUCCAACAAGGAAGCUGAAAAGUUUAGGAAUCUGAAAACCCCUCUGCGCACCCGUCUGUCCGAUCUACUGAAGCAUCUCCAGAGAACAGGGGAGCGAGAAUGCCAAGAGUUCUACAGGGCCCUACAGAACAAUGCAGACCAGGUGUACGCCACACUACCCAGCAGGAACAACCUGAGUACCUCAGAUCCCUUAGAAAUCAGUCCAGUCCAGGAGAAAAUGAUCCUCAAUGAACAUGGGCCGGUCUUCUUCCUGGCAUGCUUUAGUGUCGCAGCAGGACUGGCAUUUUUAAUGUAUUACAAUAACCCAGAGGUGAAGUCACCCAGCUCAGCCAGAAAAGUAUUUGGAUUUUCAGCCAUUGGAUUUGGCCGACACAUCAGAAAUAUCUUAAUAUCUUUUCUGGAGGACACAGCGUUGAAUUAGUGAAAAGCUUGGCCUCCAAGUGACAAUGUACUUGAAGCAAUCUGCCGUGCACUAGUCUUCUAUACACCUUUACCAAAGAUUAAGAAUCUUAUUUGUCCAUUGUCCAAGUAAAGAAAAGGCGAAUAUAUUAAAGGGGUUGUUCACCUUUGUGGGGCUUUUUUACGGGACCCACAGUGGUUAUACUGGAUCCCUGCUGCUGCGUUCGGCUCCAUUGUUGGCUCUGCAGAUCUCCCCGCAUCAACAUCUGGUUUGAUGCCGGUCACAUGAGCCCUGCAGCCGAUGACUGGCCUCAGCAGUCACUGGGACACAUGCCGCAUGGGUGACAUGUCACCACUGCAGCAGUCUCAUGACCAAUGUCAAAUAGGGUGUGGACGUAUUCCUAUGGCCUCCAAAGCUGGCGGGACAACGACGUUGCCAGAAGCAGGAAUCGGGUAAGUAUGAUUACGGCCGCAGGUCUGGCCACGCUGUGGGGUCUGUAGAAAAGCUCUACAAAGGUGAACAAGCCCUUUAAGUGGUCAUGCACACGAGCGUGUGUGCGGCCCGUUCCCAUAUGCAGCAAACAGCGGGUCCGCAAUUGACUUGAAUGGGUCCGCAUCCACCAGACUAAAGAUGGGACUUCAUCUAUCUUUUGUGGUGCAGAGGCACGGAUUGGAAACCCGUGGAAGCACUACAAAGCGUUUCUGUGGGAUUUUGGUCUGU